CCCCCACUUUCAUCGCCCAUUCCGCCUUCUCUGCCUCCUGCGUCUUUGGCGUCUCUAUCAUGACUGUUCCUAAGCGCCCGUCUCGGGGCGGCGCCGGGGGCCCGGCUCCCCGUCGGAGCCAUCCCACAUCCAGUCUCAGUCUCGAUCGCUUUGCCAAGUUCGGCCAGUCGUCCUACCGCCGCGACCAUGAGUCUACUGAUGCGCACAAGUUCCGCCAGCGCCGCGUGUACGCCAGGGAGAUCAAGUCCGCCGAGACGGAGAACUGGUUCGAGUCGGCCGUGUUCGAUAGUGCCACCUCCCAUGUGGAAGCUCCCCAAAAGACCAGUGCCGAGGAGGGUGAUGCUCUGCGCAAGAAGAAGAAGAAGAACCAGAAGCUGUCGCGCUUCCACAAGGACAUUGCGAUUGCUGAGACCAAGAAGCAAGAGGUUGCGGAGCAGCGCGAGCGCGAGCUAACUGAGCGCGAGGAGCGCCGGGCCGCUCGCAGUGAGAAGAUCCGCGAGCGUGAGCGCGCACGCAGCAUUCAUGCCAAGAAAACCCGCGGCGGCCAGCCGAAGCUCAGCAAUCAGAUCGGUCUGCUGCUGGAGAAGAUUCAGCGCGACACUCCCCCCAAAAAGUAGAAUGCGUGUGUGCUUUAUGCGGCAUCACGAAGAGUUGACCCGUGUGCCUGUUGCCCCCCCUCGCCCCCCCCCCCC